CCUCAUCGUCCUGCGGUGGUGACCUGCCUCAUCGUCCUGCGGUGGUGACCUGCCUCAUUGACCUGCGGUGGUGACCUCCCUUCACAGCGGGGAGGAGGCGUCUCUUCUCUCCUCCUUUCCAAAGCCAGCCUCGGUGCUCCUUCGGCGGCAGGCCUCGAGCCGCGGAGCACAAGGUGCUUGAAAAUUUGGCGAAGUCGCCAUUUUGGCAGUUUACGUCACUCGGGCAAGGGAGGUAUCAAGUGGCAAGUUGCUGUCAGUUGGCAUUUUGCAGCUUGCCUACCAAAGUUUGGCGCCAAAGGUCACAAUCUUUGUAAAGUAUAGUUACUUAGUGAUAUAUAUUGCUAUGGUUAAGUGCUGUGAAUUGUAUUAUAUAUUGAAUUUGCUUUUAUUGUAAAUUUACUUGCAGGUAUAUUGCAUUUGCCUUUGUUGUAAAUUUACUUGCUAUUAAGAAUACACAAUGUCUAUGCAAUUUCAAGAUGAUGCAGAUGGUAUACCUCCUUCUGAGGCUGAAAGUAGGAAUGAAAGGCCCCAAAGGAUAAAGCACCCUUCAGCCAAGAUGCUAGCCCAUCUAAUAGAUGAAAAGGAGCUCCUCCAUGUGAGGUUAGGUUCGGCAUGGGAGCGAAUUGUAACAUUGAUGGACAGAAUUGAGAGCUUGGGUAUUACAAGGGUGCCAUCCAUAUUACAGACAGACCUUGAAGAGACCUUCGGUCUCUGGAGGGGUUUGGUGUCUAAGAUAGUCCAGGUCCUCGAGCGCAUUAACGCCAAGGAUUCAGAGUUAGAAAUAGUGUGUGUCUUAGCUGACACUAAUGAGAAAGAAAAUAAGGUGAGGGCAAUUCUAGAUGCCUUGGAAUUUAGUUCUCCACCUGUUAAUCUAAGGUCUGAGCCAAAAGGAAAGCAGUCUUCCUUAUGCAGCCAUGAGACCAAUCUUUUAAAAUCACCUGCUGUGGCACUUAGCCUUAAGUCCAACCGCUCUAGCCAGGUAUCUAAGCUAAGGGAGCGUGCAUCGUCUAAACACAGCCACUCUAGCAAGUCUUCUGCUGCUGGGAGUGCCAUCUCUUCCCUAGCUGCCUUGCACAUUAAGGAGGCUGCACGUCUGGAGCUACAGAGCAAGGUUGCGGAGGCGGAAGCUGAUGCAAAAGCAGCUGACCACACUUUCCACCUUAAAGAGGAGGAACAGCGACUCCAAAUAGAACAGGCCCAAAGGCAAUGUGAAAUAGAAAUGCUUAGAAUAAGGAUGGAUGCUACUGCCAAAAAGGUAAAAGCUGAGACUUUGGCCAAGGUCCUAAGUGGGCAACUCACAGAAGAAAAUGUAAGUCAGUUGCCAAUGCAGGACCCUUCCUCCAAGGUGCUUGUGCACCUUAAUAGUUUAAACAGCCAGCUUUCUGACGAGGAACAUGAAGACUUCUCUCUUCGGUCAGAACAGGGCCCUAAAGUUGCCUUCGGGUUGCCUAAAGUUCAGAGCAUCAUAGCGGGGAGCUCGUCUUUGCUCAGGUUGCCUGUGCCUCCUACUAAGAUUCCUGAACAGUCAGCCAAACCAUCAAAGCCUACCACCAAUUGGGCCCUACAAGCAAGUCCAAAGGGAACCAUCGGUCCAUCUACAGACGAUGUCAUCCCUCCAAAAGACCAAAGGUCGACGCAAGGAGUAUGGUGGGAUUUCUCCCCACAGCAGCCAACGCCACACUUGUUCCCGUCGACGCCAGAAUCCCAACUCGUCUCGAUCCUUAGAAGUCCCAAAAGAGACCUCAAAGACAAGGGAGUUGAAAAGUUUUCAGACAAGCCUGAAGAGUUCCUUCUCUGGAAGGUUACCUUCAAGAGGGCAAUUAGAGACUUAAAGUUGUUGCCUGAAGAAGAGCUGACCCUGCUAGGCGCCUGGUUGGGUCCAGCAUCAUCUUCUCAAGUUAAGAGAAUAUAUUCAGCCCACGUAGCCGAUCCCGACAAAGCCCUGGAAAAGGCCUGGGCCAGGUUGCAGCAGAGGUAUGGGGCCAGCACAGAGAUUGAAGCAUCUCUUAUGGACAAGCUCCAAAGGUUCCCAGCUUUGAAACUCAAAGACUUCAAACUCUUGUGGGACCUCAGCGAUCUCCUUACGGAAUUAGAGUCGGCCAAGGAGAAUCCAGAACUGCCCGGUUUGAAGUGCCUCGAUCAGCACCUGUCCCAGAGGCAGAUCUUGACCAAGCUGCCCUUCACUUUGCAAGAACGCUGGGGACAGGAGGUCUUCAACUACAAGGAGGCCCAUUCUCAGGCGUACCCACCGUUUUCCCAUCUGGUCCAGUUCAUCACCAGAGCGGCCAGGGAAAGGAAUGAUCCACAGACGGGCCUGCCCACCUUAUAUCAAGGGAUCCAUCCAGGGAAGGCACCUGAAGUGGACAAGAAACCACCUAGAGAGGCCAAUAGACCUGUCAGCGUAAAGGCAGUCGAAACUCAACACAAGACUGAUGAACCCAGGUCGGAGGUAAAAGAGUUGCUUUGCCCUAUUCACCAAAAGCCUCACAGCUUGGCCAACUGCAGGGAGUUUAGUAGGAAGACAUACAAAGAAAGGCAACAGCUAGUUCAAAAGCAGGGAAUCUGCUUUAGAUGCUGUGGAGCAACUCCGCACUUUGCAUCCAACUGCAAAGAAAACGUCAAGUGCGAGAAAUGCAACAGCGUCAAGCAUUGCACCGCAAUGCACAACUCCAAUGGUGUCUCCCACACCAAAGGGGACAUUUCACCAAAGGAAAGGACAGCAAGCGAAGAUACCGACAAGCCGGCUGCACCGCAGAUGCAGGUGGAAGUUUCAGCAGUCGCCUGUACAGAGCUGUGUUCUGACUCGCACCAGUACAGAGUUUGUCAUCCUAUCUGCCUAGCGGAUGUAUAUCCAGCCAAGAGCCCUUGGCUUAGAAAGAGACUCUAUGUGGCCCUGGAUUCACAGAGCGACGCCUCCCUGGCUACUCCAGAGUUCUUCCGCAUGUUUGACCUUAAAACCAAGAUGGUUGACUACACUAUGACUACGUGUGCAGGAAAAAAGAAGUUGCAGGGUCGCAUAGCAUCCGGCUUUGUUGUUUCCUCUUGCGACCAGAAGAGGCAGUUCAAGUUGCCAGACCUGAUUGAGUGUUCCUCUAUUCCCCGGAACAAAAGGCAAAUUGUAACUAGAGAAGUUGUGGAGGCUCAUCCACAUUUGCGACGAUUAAAGAAUGCCAUACCUGCUUUCCGUCCAGAUGUGGACAUUGCCCUUCUGCUUGGUGCGGACUGUCCGAACUUGUUCUAUGUGAACGACCAAGUUAAGGGACCUCCAGGGGCGCCCAUUGCUCAGCUGCUACCACUAGGCUGGACAGUUACAGGCCCAGUGUGCAUAAACAAGAUGCACCCACCAUCGUCGUUGGACUCCAAUCAAGCACAGGUGCUUAAAGGUGGACGUCCUACACUUGUGCGCAGUUGCCUAAGUCACAUCUCAGUCUACUGCCAAGCAAUAACUCCAGAGUAUUCCUCCAUUUUCAAAGUCUCUGAGAGAGACGAAGCCACAGCGCUCUCGAAAGAUGAGCAAAGGUUUUCGGACAUUAUGAAUGCUCAAGUCUCACGAAGUGCAGAGGUGAAAGCCUGCAAAUCAACCACAGAAAUCAAGAUGGGCCAAAGAUCUUGCCUGGAACCACACCGUUUUGAACGUUUUUCGGAGUGGCACAGUCUUCUUAGAGCAGUUGCUAGGCUUAUACAUCGUUUAGCUUGCAAAGAUAGUGAGCCUUUACAGGUCCAGGAUAUGAUAAAGGCUAAGAGCGUCAUAUUCAAGUCAGUACAGAGAUCUGCUUUCAAGCAGGAAAUAGCUAGGCUAGAGCAAGGGCUCAACAUCCCUAAUCAAAGUCUUCUAAAUGAGUUAAACCCAUUUCUAGACAAGGAGGGUAUUUUGAGAGUUGGAGGAAGGUUAGCCAAAGCUAAACUCAAGGCGUGCAUAAAAAACCCCAUCAUCAUACCCCCUAAUAGUCACACUGCAUUGCUGCUCGUUCGGCAUCACCAUGAAAGGAUCCAUCAGCAGGGUAGAACUCUAACUGAGGCAGCCCUUAGAAAUGAAGGUCUGUGGGUAGUUAAUGCCAAAAGGUUGGUCAACAGUUGUAUUUUCAAAUGUGUUAAAUGCAGGCGCCUUAGGCGAAACUGUCAAAGUCAGUUGAUGGCAGAACUACCUCAGGAUAGGACUUUGACAGACCCACCCUUUUCCCAUGUGGGAAUCGAUGUGUUUGGUCCUUGGGAGGUUGUCACUAGGAAAACCAGGGGUGGUGUUGUAAAUAACAAGAGGUGGGCAGUUUUGUUUACUUGUUUAGUAAUACGAGCUGUCCAUAUAGAAGUCAUAGAAGGGAUGGACACUUCAUCAUUUUUAAACGCAUUAAAAAGGUUCAUAGCCCUCAGAGGGCCAAUUAAGUCAAUUCGGUCGGACUGUGGCACCAAUUUUGUAGGUGCGACCAAAGAACUCAAUUGUGUGUCUAGGUUUGGGAGAGACCCAAAGGUUCAGAACUUUACGAAUACUGAACAAAUUAUGUGGACUUUCAAUGUUCCUCACGCCUCCCACAUGGGUGGUGUUUGGGAGAGGAUGAUUGGUAUUAGUCGCAAAAUCCUUAAUGCCAUGCUUUUGAGUCAUAGGUCAUUGACGCAUGAUGUUUUGGUGACACUUAUGGCGGAAGUUACCGCAAUUAUCAACAACCGGCCGCUGGUUCCCCUUACCAGUGACCCUGAGAACUUACAACCACUGACUCCUGCACUUAUUUUGACACAAAAGGUGCCAGGAUGGAAGGACGUCAUGUUGCCAGUUCCGGACGGAACUCACCGUGCCCUGUGGAAACAGGUGCAGUCCUUGGCCAACCACUUCUGGAAGAGGUGGAAGGCCGAAUACUUAAGCCAGCUUCCAACCAGAAGACUCUGGCAAACCCCAGAGGACAAUUUCAAGGUGGGAAACCUUGUGUUGCUAAAGGACAAAGACUUGCCCCGCUAUGCCUGGCCUAUGGGCAUUACACUAAAGACCUUUCCUUGCCCUGACGGUAAGGUUAGAAAAGUUCAGGUAAAGACUCAUAGUAAGGACAAAAUGUCUGUCCUGGACAGACCAACCAGCAAUCUCGUGUUGCUUGUCCAAAGUGUGUAAGUUUUAUACUGUUUUAUUGUUGUGUAUACAAAGGUGUUUGUAUGUUUUUGAUUGGUAAAUUCCCACAUCCUGGGAAUUUAGCGGGGAGUGUUCCGUCCCCCAGGACGAUGGUUUGCCUUACCUAUUGGUCAUUUGUUUGUUUUCCCUCCUUUGCAUUUUGUUUGAGCCUCUGGCUGCAAAAGCCUAGGAAAAGUGGCUUGGAAUCUGCAAUAGCUGGCUGCAGUUUUCUUUGCAGUGAUUGGUCAAAGAGUGCAACAUCUUAGGACCGCCCUUUUUACCAGGGUCUAGUCUCCAUUUUGGAGCUUCAUUCUGGCUAUAGUCUUACAACGUGCUGGAGCUGUGCAAGGCUAACUGGGACAAAUCAUCCUCAAAACCAGGCCAAUCUAAGCCUAUCCAAAUUAGAUAAGUAUUGAAUUAUAUUGAUCUGGAAUAGGAAAUCUAGUUAUAGGAGCAGGGUUAUUCUGUCGCUUCUAGAACUAAUCUUUGCUGUAAAGAUAGGGAAGGAAAGAGUUUCUCCUUCUAAUAUAGGCAGCGUGAUUAUAAAACCACUAUACCCUAAUCACGCUGCCUAUAUUAGAAGGAGAAACUCUUUCCUUCCCUAUCUUUACAGCAAAGAUUAGUUCUAGAAGCGACAGAAUAACCCUGCUCCUCUAACUAGAUUUCUUAUUCCAGAUCAAUAUAAUUCAAUACUUAUCUAAUUUGGAUAGGCUUAGAUUGGCCUGGUUUUGAGGAUGAUUUGUCCCAGUUAGCCUUGCACAGCUCCAGCACGUUGGAAAACUAUAGCCAGAAUGAAGCUCCAAAAUGGAGACUAGACCCUGGUAAAAAGGGCGGUCCUAAGAUGUUGCACUCUUUGACCAAUCACUGCAAAGAAAACUGCAGCCAGC